UGUAGUAUAGUGAUGGAAGUGGUUCUCGGUCUCCAGUAUAUCACUUCGAACUUCUCGGCGAUACAGGUUGUUCGCGAAAGUUACAAGAAAACAUAGUCGUUACUAAGCCUGAACUCGCGACAAAAUGACUAAAGGCGCCUACAUCAUUAACCAAUUAAGUGAUAAACCACCUCAGAGGAAGAGUAAGGAACGCUUAUGGGCCGUGUUGAUCGCUUGUUCAGUCGCGGCGUUUGGUCCUUUUAGUUUUGGAUAUUGUAUGGGUUAUUCGUCCGCAGCAGUUACCCAACUGGGGAACCCGAAUCGUACAGAUGUCCUACUUGACAAAAACGGGAUCAGAUUGUUUGGGGUAAGAUGCCAUAUUAGAUUCGUUAUCUUAUUUAUUUUAAACCGCAUAAGGCGACCUUGUCGUGUUCGUCUCAAUUUCGCUGUUAACAGCAUAUAGACAGGAAUGGCAACUCAUAUAAGUGAGCGCUUGGAGACGUUUUUUCGAAUUCCCCUUUCAAUGGGGUCUUUUUUAGUCGAAUGUCUAAGCUCUAAGUAAUUGUUUCUGUUGUGUAGGUUACAUGGACGAUGCAAAGUGCACGAAUUAUAAUUUUCUUUUUUUUAAAUAUGAUAUUUUUGAAUUUGUGGGAGGUACAGGAAAAGAAAACACUUGUAUCUUAGCAAACGGUUUGAUCAGAACUUUAGCUCUCUUUAGAGAAGAAAAGUUAUCAUAGCUUUAAUGCUGAAUAAUCGCCUAUCUGAUUGCUGUGUGAAAAAAGUAUUAGUAUUGAUUUCAAAAUGAACAUGUUGGUGAAAAGGUCGCUUAUUCUCGGUCUCAUGACAGUCGUGAUGUGUCUGCUAUAUAAGCGGUUAUAUCAUCACUUAAUACACGUAUUAUUAUUCCGCAUUUGAGAAAUUCAAUUUCUAUAAUUGGCCUUACCAUUCCAUGACUUUUCCUAAACUGGUUUUAUGAUCCUUAAAACAAUUGCCCCAAUAGAUAUCAGAACACAGAUUUCCAAAAAAGAAAACGUGACGGCAAAACUCCGUAUUUCAGUGCUCACUUAACUUUCUGCCGCAAGGGCGAGCCCCCUCAUUUAACCACUUAACUCCUAGGAUGGCAAAGCAAAAUCAUCAAAGAGGCUGUUAUAUUUAUUAUUGAACAUUUCCCUCAAAUGGAAAUGUAUAUUUUUGCAUUGGUCCUUUGCUCUGGUUUCUUAAAAGAUCGUAACCAGAAACGUAUUUUUUAAAAAAAUCGAGGAUAUUAUUGUAAAACCAAAAGUAAACCGAUCUAAAAUCCAAAAAUUUGUUUUCGCAGACUAAUUUGUUCACCAUUGGGGUCAUUAGCUAGAGGCGGAGUUGAUUUUAAAAUUGGUGAUCAAAUUGCACCAAACACUCCUACUGAUAUAUAAGGAUUAUGUUCUCAAUACUGUUCUAGAUGUUUUGGUGUAAAAUUCCAUUUUCAAUUAGGAGGAAAAAUGAGUUUGGAACAUCCUUUGUGGGUUUUGGUUCUGAUUCCUUUGAUUUCUUAUUUCUUAAAUGGGUGUGUUAUUUAGAAAGACCACAACAAAACAAGAACAGAAAAUGAACACUUAUUUGGACAAAUUUAUAAAGUUUUCUCGCCAAACAUGGCCCACAGACAUUGAAACUUCAGGAGUGUGAAGGGAUUACACCUACAUGAAGAACUUUUGAUUUUAAGCUUGGUUUUGUCUUACGGAUGGCAAUAUUCUGCUACAUAGUAACAGCAAGGCCAGUAUACUAAAAGAAUGUACAGAUAUAAACGUUAUUGAAAUGUACCAAUGCGUCUUGCUAAGGAUAGAGAGAUACAUGUACAUUCGAUCUCGCUGCUGCCUUAAUUUUUUCAAAACACGAAUUACAUUCACGUACAUCUAAGCCAAUCAAGUUUGUUCAAUUUUUGAUUUUCACUUAUCACCAUUUUCUUUGGCCUCUUUAUAAACUUAAUGAUGUUGGCCGAGCUGCAGUCGUAGAUAUGAAAUUCUUUCUUUCUUUCGUUCAAGUUUGCAGCUUGAGAUCUUAUGCUCAUAACUUGUUCGUUAGAUAACGUAUUUAUGUUUUUGAAUAGAUAUUACAUGAUAUUAUAAUAUUAUCGGAUGAAUAAUGGACUGAAUCAAAAUUUCUUUUUCAAUUGGAUUGGUUCCUUUUUCAAGUUCUUUGUUUUAUGAUCGUCUGAAACUGUUGUCAAAUUCUCCCGGCUUGAACACUUUCCUUUAAAAACUGAUUUUCGGUGAAUUUGCCUGUUUUCAGUCUGGAAAGAGCAAGCGAACGACAAACGUCGAUUGUGGUGAUCAGAGAAAUUGCUAUUUUUCUCUUUAUUUUCUUUUUCCUUGCCUGGCCGCGCCAAUUUUCGCAUGCCUUCUUUGUGGCUCAUUGCCACAAGAGCCUUCCUUGCAGAUUAUUUGUAAAUAAUAUCAUUACUGAAAUAUCAUUUUUUUUGUGUGUUAUUUUUACCACCAGUCUAUUUUGAACAUUGGCGCUAUGAUAGGAGGUCCCCUUGGUGGAUGGGUAAUCGAUUUCUUUGGCCGUAAGCUGGCACUAAUGAUCACCGCACUCCCUUUUAGUGCUGGAUGGCUGAUGAUAGGUUUUGGCUCAAAUGAAGUUUUGCUUCAUGCUGGAAGAUUCCUUUCAGGUAUUGGAGUAGGCAUGGCGUCACUCAUAGUACCAGUAAGUAAAUAUGUGCAAACGUGAAAACAGUCAUUGACGAAUUUUUGUCUCUCUAGUUAAGCUGUAUACAGUCUUGAGAGUUUCUAUUACUUAUGAAGGGAUAUAACUGAUUUGAUUCCGCUCUAUCCCAUUACUUAUCCAUUCAUCCAUUCAUGCGAUCAUACUCCUAGUCAUUAAUUCAUCAUGAUUUAUUCAUUAGUUCAGUCAUUCAUCCAUUCAUUCCGUAAGAUCCAUCAAUCUCUUCAAUUCUUCAUCUGACUCAAAAUCUGUUCGUUCACUCAUUCAAACCCUUGGCGCUUCAGGGGUUAAAUUUUCAAUCCAUUUUUGCAGCAAUGUUUUGUCUAAUUGAUAUCUGACGGCAUCAUAUUUUCCUUCUUAGAACUACAUUUCCGAGACUUCCCCGGGUCGUCUUCGGGGUGCAUUUGGUGCAUUCAACCAAAUUGGAAUUGUCGUUGGUAUCUUGUCAUCCUACAUAAUCGGCCAUGCCCUCUCCUGGCGUUGGUCCGCCAUCGCAGGAGUGGGCCCUCCUGCCUGUAUGUUUGUUUUGAUGUUCUUUAUGCCAGAAACAGCUCGCUGGUUGCUGGCGCACCUUAAGGAAGAGCGCGCUUAUAAGACUCUAAGAUGGCUUCGUGGAAAAUAUGCUGAGAUUGAGAACGAGAUUGUCGAAAUCAAGGAUAGUUUGAGUACGUAAAAUUACUUUAUCUGGUUACCUUGUUAUCUUCGUGAUGUACAUUUUACCAAUACACUGUAAUUCAUUUCAUCUUGAGAAAGCAUGAAAAAACUCUUCAUGGGCGCAAUCCAAGUUUACCCCUUCAAAGUUGUUUUAUAAACCCGAGGUAUUAAGUCUCCUUGGAAAGAUUAUUUAUGAAAACAUCCCAUAGUGAGAAUGUUUUAGUGCUGUACUUGGUACACGUAAAAGGCAUUUCAAAUUUUAACAGAGUGGAUGAAGCUUGCUCCCUUAAAAGUAGACUAAUUUCAUUAAUGUUAGUAAAGAGAUUUUAUUCAAGAAGGUAAAAUUGCCAAGUUGAUAGAGCCUUCCCCCAUGACGAAUUCUAUGCGCUUGUGAAGAUAUCGCAUAUUACAAACAGUAGUGUUGCUUUGAUAUUGGUUUAAAGACAGCAGUUAAUUCUAAUUUAUUCCAACAGAUAUUAAGGAGAAGAUGUCAAUCAAAGAAUUCACCAAACCCAGUUUUCUCCGGCCUUUUAUGAUCAGCAUGACCCUUCACUUCUUCCAACAAAGUACUGGGAUCAACGCAGUCAUGUUCUACUGUGCCACGAUUUUCGAAAACGCUGGUUUCCAAGACAACAGUACCAUGGUAUCGAUCUUGAUAGGUAUCAUCCAACUUGUCGCUGCUGUCGUGUCCAUCCUCUUGAUCGAUCGCGGUGGUAGGCGCUUCUUGCUUUUAAUCGGUGGCGUCGGAAUGUGUGUCAGCUGCUUCAGUAUGGGUUUCUACUUCUUCGUUACAAUCAAUUCCGUACCAGAUACCGACAUAGCCUAUGGUGGCCCUGACAUUUCGUGGGUGGCUGUAACAAGCAUCGCCGUGUAUAUCGUUGGAUUUGCGAUGGCUUGGGGUCCCUGUACCUGGCUCAUAAUGAGUGAGAUAUUCCCCGUGAAAGCCAAAGGAGUUGCCAGUGGUAUUGCCACUUUCUUCAACUGGUUUUGCUCCUUCCUUGUUACUCUUUCAUUUGACGUGCUCAUCGACGGACUCACCAUCGCGGGGACGUUCUGGUUCUUUGGAAGUCUCGCGUUUCUCGCUGUGCUUUUCGUCUACUUCUAUGUCCCGGAAACGAAAGGAAAAUCGCUUGAGGAGAUUCAAAUGUACUUUGAAGGCGAAGAGCAAGAAGGAAAAGAUUUGGACGAAAUUUCCGUAACAGAAACUAAACUGUAGGCUACGUGUAAGAACCAAAAUACUGACUGUCAAAGCAUCAACGUGGUACUUUUCAUAAAACCUAUGCAACGGACAGCUGCUUGAAAGUUAAAAUUAAUUUGAUUUGGACAUGGACAUUCAGUAGAACCUUUUCAAAAUAGCGGCAAAGAAUUUUAGGAAAAAAAUUGAAGCUACAUGAGGCUUCACGCUCCAUUCCCAGUCACAUAAACGUCUGUAAUUUAGCGACUUCAGGUUUUCAUUUCCGCUCAGAAUUAAGGCAGUGGCGGAUCUAGGAAGGGGCCCGGGCCCCUCCCCCUCAUUUUAGUUUAAAAAAAGAGAAUCGCAGAAGGGAGAAAGCCGUCAGGGUUGCCCCUCCCCCACGGGGAUAAUUUUUCCGAGUGAUAAAUGUGAGAUUUCAUUCGCUAUGCUAGAGGGGGGUCUCGUGUCCCUUUUACUUACUAUACUAAACUAUUUCAUUCCUUAGAUAUUGAUUCUAGUCCUCCACCGUGUCUGCCUUAUAUUUCUUAAAACUUUCGAUUAGUGUUAAAUCAAACAAUAUUCUUCAAUUGGUGUAUAUCUUUCGUCAUUACCUUUCUGUUUGAAAAAUGUAUGAUUUUACUAGGCGUGAAAUUUCAUUUCGGUCACUUCUGGUAGUGAAAAGGUCGACAUUGCAACUUCUUCGAAACAUAAUGCAAAAAAAAAAAAGAAGCGAUUGAAAAAAUGAAAUACAUUUUGAUACGUUGAACGGGAAAUUUAGUAUUAGUCAGUGUAUAUAAUGUUAUUUAACGGGAAAUGAACUCGCUGUUGGUUAAGCGGAGGAAACGUUGAACAUUUUAGUGCUUCAGAAGACGUUCGAGGAAUGAAAGAUCGUCGACUUAGAAAUUAGAGUAAUGCAAGCAAUUUACAUUUUACUCGUGAGAUAAAUACGGUAGAUUCACUUUGGAGUGUGCUUUUGGAUUGUGGUAAACUUUGCCUGACGUUGGUGGCAGAGAUAGUCCCAAGCCAGUGAAAUUUUGUUCGUCUUAGGUGGAAAUGUUUAUAUUUCAUAGUAUAUGGCGUUCUCAUUCGAUGAUAUUUCUUUCCUUGUACUGUGUCUAACGAAGCACGUCGCUCUCUGAAUUGUUACAACGCAAAACGCUUUCAUGAAUAAAUCAAUAAUUUAAUUUUCGAUCAACUUGAAAUGAGAGCUUAAAGCGCCUGUACGAGGUCUUUGUCAUUACCUUAAAGUUAAAAUGAGGUUUGGUUUUGCGACACCUGGCCGAAAUGUGCUGUAUUCGUAAACCCUUGUGUCGUUAAGAGUGUACAUUUUGCUUCAACAACUUACAAAUUUUCCUGGAAAAUCAGUAAAGAAUUCGACCGAAAUUUUAAAGAGUCCUAAGGAAGCGCAUAUUGUCUAUAGCUAUCCCAAAAGCAAAUUUCUGGCGGGUUGAAAGACUGCUAUUGUUGGCUAUUAAACUGUGUAAAAUUUAUGCAUUUGGACAUUUCUUAUACUGACAAAGUCUGGUGUAUCGGACUUAAGUUAUCACAGGUGAGCCAAAGUCAUUCAAUAUUCUUAAGUGAGAUAUUCUUGCACAAUGAUCAAGGAAUUCUAAUGAAGGAAUGUGGUUUCAAAUAAAGACGCGCG